AUGCAGGUGCUCUCAACGGGUUGCCGGUGCGUCGAACUGGACUGCUGGGACGGGGACGACGGCUACCCGGUAAUCUACCAUGGUCACACACUCACCUCAAAAAUACCAUUUAAAAAAGUGAUCGAAACAAUCAAUGACAAAGCAUUUGUGGCCUCACCCUAUCCGGUGAUACUAUCCCUGGAAAACCACUGUUCACUACCGCAACAAAUCAAAAUGGCACAGAUGUUUGUGCACACGUUUGGCGACAAACUAGUCACCAGGUUCCAGUUCGAGUCGGACUACCUGGAUGAACCACUGUUGCCCUCACCCAAUCAGCUCCGGUACCGCAUACUCAUCAAAAACAAAAAACUCCGGGCGCCGACACCGGCCGUGCCGUUCCCUACGCCAGCCCUCAACCCGAAAAUGCGGGCCAACACACUGUCCAAAGGCGGGCCGUUGGCCGGUGUGGGCGCCGCCAGUGGCCGCACAAAUAGCCUGAUCUCCACCGCCAGCACCGGUAGUCUUAACGAAGAGGAAGACGACGAGUACGAAGACGAGGAGGACGAGGACGAGGGUAUCGACGAUAGUAUGCCUUCAGCUGUCGGCACAGUUGCCGGUGAUAGUAUCAUCCCUGCUGUUACCGGUGCCGCCGCCACCACUGGCCAGACAGCGCACAGUGAGCUACAGGUGUCGGCCAGUGUUGGCAAAGCGCCGGCCGUUAAGACAGAGUCGUCGUCGAGUCAGGAGUGCGGCAGCUCUUACGGUGGCGGCGAUACCUCUGGCCCGACCAGCGCUGGUCAGACCGCACGGACAUCAGUGGCCAGCCGUCAGUACGGCCUAAACAGUUCGCCGGCCGGUUCGCGGCCCCGGAGUCAGAACGAGUCGGACAGUCAUCACGAGGCGGGCGGCGACAGCGCCGGACACGCAGACCAUCACAGGCCGGCUGUCCCGUCACCGGCGGCCACACCUGCCUAUUACGGCCAUCACAACAAAGUGGUCCGCAAGUCGUCGUCACAGAUAGCGCCCGAACUGUCCGAUCUGGUCAUCUACUGUCAGGCCAUUAAGUUCCGGGGCUUUCUGGGCGCACACGUCAGCCCCACCAACAGCUCACUGCCCACACCCACCGUCAAGAAGAUACACACCGGCGGUCACACCCACCGCAAGGCUAUGCUAGUGUCGGGCACAUCGCAGUACGGCUCCACUACCAUCGGCUCGCCGUCCAUCACAACCACCACCUGUGCCGAUCCAAAGGGCACCGGCGCUGAUAUGCGCGAAGUGAUGUCCCCCACCCCUCUCACCAGCGCCAGCAGCCAAACCAUAGCGAGUAGUGGCGUAUCGUCUAUGGCUGCCUCCGGUGUGGUCAGCGCCGCCGCAGCCAUGAUAUCUACAGGACCGGCGGUUGCGGCGAUCACUGAUGGCAUACCUGUUUCAAGAAGUGGUGGUAAACGGCCGGCAGCCGGUGCCGCCUGUUAUCAGGUUUCAUCGGUAAAUGAAAAUACGGCUAAAAAGUUGUGUCGCAAAUCACCCCUGUCACUCAUUCAGCACACCGAGAGCCAAAUUAUGCGCACCUACCCGGCCGGUAUGCGCAUAGACUCCAGUAAUUUUAACCCAGUCAUUUUCUGGGCAUUUGGGCUGCAAAGUGUUGCGCUUAAUUAUCAAACAGUGGACUCGGCGUUACAUAUUAAUCAGGCUAUGUUUGAGCAAAAUGGGGGCUGCGGUCUGGUGCCCAAACCCGGUGUGAUGCGCGACAGACAACAUAUGAUGUUUGGCCGAUUCAACCCGUGGGACAAGGAGUUUGAUGGUUUACACGCGAUUAAUUUGACCAUCACUAUUAUAUCGGGUCAGUACGUGUGCCAAAAUACAAACACCGGGAGCCCGCAGGUGGAGGUCGAGGUGAUUGGUAUACCAGUGGACUGUAGUCGACAAAGAACCAAGAUGGUGCAACGUAACUCGUUGAAUCCCAUCUGGAACGAUACGUUUAUGUUCAGGGUAACAUUCAGUGACUUAGCAUUCCUGCGCUUUUCUGUUACCGAUUUGGGCACAAAUCACUUGACGGCACAGCGAGUCAUACCAUUGAAUUGCUUACGACAAGGCUAUCGACACCUGAGGCUACGGAGCGCCCAGAAUCAGUCGCUACCGCUGUCCACACUUUUCAUUUACUCACAAUACGAGGACACAUUAUCCAGGGAGGAGGGGAUAGACAUCCCGUCCACGGGUCCGGACACCGGUGACAACAGCCCGGCCUUUGGCUCAAUACAAAUGGGCGGCCGUCUGACGGGUCGCCGACCGAUCUCUGCGGCCGACUUCGCCCGUAUGGACAGCCGAUUGGGUGACUCUAUCGUGGGCUCAGCACCGGUGCGGCGCCGCAUGUUUUUCCUG